AUGCCAAGUGCUAAAAAGAAGAGAAAAUGUCACACAGAUAAUAAUGUCAAUAGUAAUAUAAAUGCUUUAUCAUUAAAAGAGACAAUCUGUCAAAUCAAAUCAUCCCUAUUUAUUUACAAUUCCAAAAAAAAUACCAAUGAUUCAAACAUAGUUUUACCUAAAUCUCGCAAUCUAUUGAACAGUUUAUUUUCAAAAUUGGCCUUGCAUUUAGUUUCUUCAUAUAAAACCAAAAAAAGUAUACAAGACGGUAAUAUAAUGCUCCCGGAAGUUGAAUAUUUGAAUAUAAUUAACGAAAUCAUAAAAGAUCAUAUAUUAAAUGAAAAAAUGAAAAUCAUGGAAGGUGAACGCAUAAAAUUGGACACUAUAAUAAGCCAUUGGACUAGCUUUACAGAACUGGGAAUUUUUAAUGGAUCUGUAAAAUUAAAUGAGAUUUAUUUACAACAAGUUUUCGAAGAACUUUAUAAGUAUUUUUUAUUUGAAGAAAUUUGUAAAAAAUUUAUCAUUUUUGAUAAAAAUCCUUUUCCAGAAUUUACUAUUGAAUGUGUAAAAGUCUUCAGAUCAAAUGAUUUUGAGUCACAACUUCAGAAUAUUUUUAUAGAAAUUAUUAAAACUAACUGCCAGUAUUUGCUUAAAAAAAACAAUUUUAACUAUAGUUAUGUUUAUAAUAGUCAUUUUCAAAUGGAUAUUUUCGACGAAUUUCAACGGGCAUCACUUUACUUUGAUAACGACAUUAGCUUGCCCACUUUUGUAGAAUUAUAUCUUAAGUCUAUUUUGCCACCCACAAUAAAUCUUUAUGACUUUUUAUUAAAUUGCAUGGGUUGUUAUUUGACGGGUAAAUGUUUUAUUAUAAUAGAUAGUGGGUUUACUUCAACGCUAACAUAUAACGAUCAAAAUAAAACAAAAUGCAAUGAUAUAUUAUUUUUUUUAUUGGAUACAUUAAAUAUUGAUGCAAAAGUGUUUUAUUCAGAGAUAUGUCAUGACACUUUAUGCUAUUCAAUAAAGGACUGGGUAUGCCAAUAUAUAUUUGUGACAUUUUUUCAAAAUUUGGUUCGUCACGAAAAUAAAAAGCUCAAAACUGCAGCUUUAUGUGCCAGUAAAAAAAAUUAUGAAGCAAAAUAUUCGGUUUCAAAAGUUGCCAAGUUACUAUGUGAAAAUAAAACUACGUCUGGGUCAGCAUAUUUUGAUUGGAUAGUUCAAUUACUAGGUGAAAGGGAAAUUUUAGAAAUUAUACAAGAAAGUUUAAAAUACCCUAAGACGCAAAAAUAUAUAAUUAAGCAUGGAAAUAUUUGUGAUACUCUUUUAUUGUACAUAAAAUUUUUUAGAAAUGGGUUGAUAGAAAGGAAAUCGUCAUUCAUUACUUCUCCGCAGUUAUUUUAUAAUGAUAGCAAUUUUGCGGCCUGCAAGGUUCUAACAACAUUAUCUCUAAAGGAUUCGAUUGUAUUUACUACACCCAAUGAGAUUAAUACUGUGAUCAUAAUGGAGGAAUUUCCUCGCUUUCUUCAUAUAAAUAAAUGCAGCCAGCGGAAGGUUAAUUGCCCAGAGGAUUUACAAUCAAUUUUGGAUUCUUUAAAGCAACAAGUUUUGUCAAAAGUUAAAAAAGAGGGAAGGCUUGUAGAAUUCAUACACGAGUUGGGAUCGGGGAUAAUUGAAACGCCGAUUCAUUUACCUAAUAAAGGGGGAGUUUUAAAAUUACAUGUAAAUUUUGUGCAGUACUCUAUUUUAAAUUUAUUUAAUGAAAAGGACAUUUGGAGUGUUGAGGAAGUAAUUGAGAAGGUUAACAUUGAUAAUCAAACAAGUUUAACAAAAGCACUCUACAGUUUAAUGAAGUUAUCACUAGUUAAAUGUACGCAAAAUAAAGAUGCUCAGAUAUUUGAGUUAACAAUGGAUCAAGUAGAUCUGCAUAAAGUCGCUAUGCUUGUUGAUAAGGAUAAUGUAUUGAGGGUCCCAUAUAACAUUCAGUUGUGA